AUGAAAAAAUUUGUUAUGUUCUACGAUUGGAAUAUUAUUAUGUUACCUUAUUUUAAUCCUGUUGGUAAUCGUCAAUCAGGUUUAAUUGGUGAAGAUCCUAUUGUUAGACGAAAUGAUCUCAUAUCAUACGUUGCUCAAGUAGCUGUUGAUGGACUACCAUACGUCAAUGUUACGGGUACUGAUUAUGAUAUACACGAUGGAACAGAAGAAUUAAGAAAUUAUGCUAAAUCAUUUGAAGAUCGUGAAUAUCAAGCAUUAAUCGCAGUGGCUGGAAAAAUGAACUGUCAAUCAUUUACUACCAAAAUAUUUGCAACAGCUGCUAAUAUAACACUUGAAAAGACACGAAGUAUUAUUCUUUUUCUCGUACCAAAUCUUUUAUUUUGA